CAUUUCUAAAAUGUGAACGCCCUGUCACACUACAGUUAAGAAACUAAAGACUUUAUACCACAGUUUAUAGUGCACUGGUUCAGGAUUGAGAACACCAGCCGUUUAGGCUACGUGGUUGGAAGUAUAAUGCCUCAACGUGUUGUUUUACAAGGUCCUGGGCCGUGGGGGUUCCGUCUGGUCGGGGGGAAAGAUUUCGAACAGCCCCUGACUAUCUCGAGGGUUACUCCGGGAAGUAAAGCAGCCCAGGCUGACCUUUGCAUUGGGGACAUGAUACUGGCAAUAGACGGAGAGCCAACAGAUGGCAUGACUCACCUGGAAGCACAGAAUAAAAUCAAAGGCUGCAUGGAGGAAAUGGUGCUUUCAAUUGACAGAUCUGAAUCAAAAAUGUGGUCCCCACUGGCCACAGAGGAAGGAAAGACCAAUCCAUACAAGAUGAAUCUGGCAAAUACAGACACACAGGAGAUUAAACAUAUAGGCUCUGCUCAUAAUAGGAGUGCUAUGCCAUUCAAUUCUGGCAGUCCAAGGGUGGUCACCAACCAGUACAAUAAUCCUGCUGGCCUGUACUCCUCCGAAAACAUAAAGAGUUUAAACAGUACAGUGGGUGAUGUCAAGACAUCUGCUGUGCCGAAUGAAUGCAGUAGGAACUCAGAUGCCUCAAGACCAGGCCAGCCAAAGCCUGCAUUACCUGCUGACUCUGAGGUGUACAAAAUGCUGCAGGACAAUCAAGAAUAUAAUGAGCCUCCUCGCCAGUCUGCUUCUUUUAAAGUUCUGCAAGAGAUCCUGGAAACUGAUGACUCAGAUAAACCCUCUGGCUUCAGGAGUGUAAAGGCCCCCACCACGAAAAUUGGAGCCUCAUUAGGGAAUGCCGAAAAGCUCUCAGUUUGUGACAAAUGUGGUUCAGGGAUUGUAGGAAUGAUGGUCAAAGUUCGAGCUAAGUUUCGCCACCCAGAGUGCUAUGUCUGCACAGACUGCGGGAUCAACCUUAAGCAGAAAGGACACUUUUUUGUCGAGGACAAGAUUUACUGCGAGAAGCAUGCACGUGAACGUGUCACUCCUCCUGAGGGUUAUGAUGUCAUCACUGUCUUUCCAAAGUAGAAUGUUCCUCCAAUGCUGCUUUAAACUGCACAUUCCCUCAUGUAGGGAAUUCCAUAGGAAAUCUGUAACACUUUAUGUGGAUAGUCUUCUACUGAUGCUGCUUUGAUGGUAAAUUCAUGUGUAUAACAACUCUUACAUGCACAGUUAUUAGUGCAUGGAUUUCAAUGGGCAUGGGCGAGAGUAAUCAGCACAUAUUAUGUGAAUAUGGAGUCUGUCCAGGUGAAGUGCUAUUUGUUAUCAUACAUUUCAUUGUCUUUGUCAUUGCAUACAUAUAUCAUAGUAUAAACGGCUCUCGUUAUUGGUGCUAGGGUAUCUUAUAUGCUAGUACCAAAUACUGCACUAGUUAUAAGUUUUCAAUAAUUAACCACUGAAUGUAUGCAUAAGUACUUAAGGUCAUAUUUCUCAUGCACAUCUGUAUGUAAAGUCUAUUCCAAGUAUGUAUGUGCCCACCCCCCAUAUUUUUAUAUGAAAAUAACUCCCUUGUUAGAGAAAUAAAAUGUUGCAUAUCUGUUAAAA